GUAGACUCUGACAAUAGUGUCUUGAGUACAUACUUCAAAUAAAAUAAUAUAUUCCUUGAACUCUCUCGGAAAGCUGUCACAUUAUUUUUGGUUUCAUUGAAUUUCCAUUAAAAAUGUUCGCCGGAUAUUCGAUCAGUUAUGUGGCUGCCUACGAGGAAGUAGAUGGCCGCCGCAGGGAUUCGUUGAUCAAUCUGACCCCUGAGCAACGCUGUGAGAGGGAGAUGAAAAAUAUUAUCCUCACAGCCCAGAAGGAACACGAGGACCGGAUUCACCAGCAAGUAAUAGCUGCGAUGAAGCAGCGCGCGGACCAGGAGUUAGCGAAGCGUCGUGAUAUGAAUCCAUUCCCGCAAAGUUUGAUCAGGGACCCAAUGGUCGACGAUGAGGAGGUCCAGGCACUACUUGACUUGGUCGCCUCGAUGGAAGAUUAUGAAACCCAUGACUACGACGACAUCGAGGAAGACGAAAUGCACUAAUUAUAUCAAUUGCUGAAGUGGACUGAAUUAAGAGAAGCUUAUUGAUCAAAAUAUUCUGGAAUAAAAAACGGAAAGCCCAAAAUGCAAUAAAGUUAUCCGGUUUAGAUGUUUA